CUCCAUAUAAUUUCUUUACAUCAACAAUUAGGGCUUUCCUCCUCCCGCUCGCGUUUCUAGAGUGGGGGUUAGGGUUUUUAUACAGGAACUAACAGCGUCCAUGGGGAGAGAAUUGCAGCAGCAAGUUUCCUUUACAGUGGAGCAGCUAGUCGCCGUGAAUCCUUAUAACCCGGACAUACUCGCCGAUCUCGAGAACUAUGUCAACGAGCAGGUUUUAUCUCAAACUUACAAUUUAGAUGCAAAUCUUUGCCUUCUCCGGCUCUAUCAGUUUGAGCCACAGAGGAUGAGCAUCCAGAUUGUUGAGCGAAUCUUAAUUAAGGCUCUGAUGGCCAUGCCAGCUCAGGACUUCAGCCUCUGUCUCUUCCUAAUUCCAGAGCAAGUGCAAAUGGAAGAGCGGUUCAAGACACUGAUUGUUCUCUCACACUAUCUGGAGACAUCAAGAUUUCACCAAUUUUGGGAGGAAGCUGCAAAAAAUCGUCACAUACUUGAAGUUAUUCCAGGUUUUGAGCAAGCAAUCCAGGCCUAUGCUAUUCAUGUCCUUACGCUGACAUACCAAAAGGUGCCCAGGCCUGUACUUGCUGAGGCUAUUAACGUUGAAGGUCUUUCCCUAGACAAGUUCUUGGAGUACCAGGCUGCUAAUAAUGGCUGGGUUUUGGAGAAGGGGAGUAGUAGAACACAGCUGGUUGUUCUCCCCAGGAACGAAUUUAAUCACCCUGAGCUCCGGAAGAAUACCGCUGAUGGGAUCCCUCUGGAGCAUGUCACCAGGAUUUUCCCAGUACUUGUCUGACUCCUUUCAAAGUCUAAACUAAUCAUAUUCUCCAUGUUCUUGAUGUUUAUUCCAUUUCAUUUUGGUUUUUGGAAUAUUUUGUAAAAUAAUUGUUGAAUUAUUUAGGAUUUGAAGGGGAGGGUUUCUGCUUAAAAGAUUUUGAUGCCUGCACACAGACUUUGUGAAGGGUGCAUUGUCUGCAGCCUUUAACUGCCUACCUUGAGGUUUCGUUUGGGACGAUUUUCUUACUGCUUCUUAAAACAGUUUUUUAGUUUAAAAUUUUUAAUUUUUUACUAAAAAAAUUGCUUUCAAAAGCAAUAAGAAAGCCGUCCCAUACAGGGCCUGAGUUUCUCUUAUAUUUUCUACAAUCUCUACUGGUAACAUCUUUGAUAUUGAUUGCUUUUUGAAAUGUUCUA